AUGGCGUCAGUUUCGCUCCAAAACGGCUUUUAUCCUCCCAGUGGUGCCUCUCCUUGUGCUGACACGUCAUCCAUGCUUUCUGUGCCCCUGUCGCCACAGCUAAGCCCACUCCCGCCAGCCGCGGUGCCAGUGAGCACGUCUAUGGGAGCUGGCUGCGGGCCUCAAGGGAGUCACACGGCAGGUCACAUAGCUGCACCACACGACUUCAGCAAUCAACACGGAGAGGCUGUCAAUUCGUUGGGACGGAUCGGAAGCUUGUCUCGGCCUGGAUCAGACACUUGCUUGGUUCAGCCUCAUUUAGCAGCCGGCCCCACAGCAGACACGGGAGUGCCGGCUUCAUUGAGCUGUGCUUCGGAGUCCAGUAACGCGUAUGCGGCUGGCGCAGCGCCAAUCUCAGGCGUUGGAUCCUCGAUUCUAGCCGGCACGUUGCCGUCAACCAUGCCCGCCACCACCACGUCAUCAGCGUCCGCACUAGGCAAUAACGACGCAGGAGGCGCCGCAACCACCGCGGCUGCGUCCAACGGCAGCACUGGCGCUGCUGCUGCCUCCGCCGCCGCUGCUGCGGCCGCUGCGGGAGCGACGCCGUCGAUAUCUCCGUGCGGCGCAUGCAAGUUCUUGCGGCGCAAGUGCACGACCAGCUGCGUGUUCGCGGCGUACUUCUCGCCCGAUCAGAGCCUGCGAUUCGCCAACGUGCACCGCAUCUUCGGCGCCAGCAACGUGGGCAAGUUGCUCCAGGACCUGCCGCCGCCCAGCCGAGAGGACGCCGUGAACAGCCUGUCGUACGAGGCAGAGGCCCGAAUCAGCGAUCCCGUCUACGGCUGCGUCGGAGCGCUGUUUGCGCUGCAACAACAGGUGGUGCGGCUGCAAACGGAGCUAGCCAUGGCGCAGACGGAGAUCUCGCGUCUGCGUACCAUCACAGGCUCUCCCUCCGGCCUCGCCCACGCUCCUCAUGGCCACCCUCACGCGCACCCCCACGCGCCCGGGUCCGCUGCUGACAUGAUGACGGCUUCCUUCCUCCCUGUCAGCGCCGCUGCUGCUGCCUCCGCUGCCGCUGCUGCAUCGGGCCAUGCAGGGAUGAUGGGCGGAGCUUUCAGUGGGAACGGGGCGAUGCUAAGUCAGGCGUAUGCGAGCAACGGGCUGAUCAAACCCGAGCUUGACUCAUUUGCAGGUGCCAGCAUGGCAGCAGCUGCGGCUGCCGCAGGGCUGGGAGGAGCAACCAGUGCAGCAGCAGCCAACGGCUUGGUCCCUGCAGCUGCUGCAGCGGCUGCUGGUGCGGGUAUGGGUCCAGUGUCCAUGGCAAUCCCUGGGCUACGCCGGCCUGAUGGCCCGUCGCCUGCGUCAUUGAGCAUGCUGAUGCAGCCGCCAGGGCUCAUGAACCCCUCCCGCCUCUAUGCCCUGCCGCCUCACCUAGGCACAGCGGGCCCGUCGGCAGGUGUGCCACCACACAUGCAGUUCCGGCCACUGGAUGGCAUGGCGCCCAUGGAGUUGCGCGGCAGCACUCAUGACUUGGCAGCGGCCCACAUGAGCAUGUUGGGAGGUGUCUUCAUGCCAUCGGGCCCAGGCGCCAUGUCUCUGCCCAAUGGGGCUAUGAAUGGCAUGGGUGGGGCCAGUCAUAUGCCUCGCAGCAUGGACUUUGGGCAUGGUGGGUCUGUGGGGAUGGGAGAGCCUGACAUGGUGGAUGGCAAUGGGGGGUGUAUAGAGCACUAUAAUGACAUGGCUGCUGCUGUUGGAGCUGCACACACUGCAGUGGCCAUGUCACGGUGA